GAAGUUUUAACAUAUUUUAAUACAAAAAUAAAAAACGUAUUGCAAACGAGUGCUGUCUGCGACUGCUUGUGUCUUUCAGCAUUUCAGUGCGUUAAGAUGAGCGGAAGGAGAAAUAGAUCCAAUUAUACGCAACUAUUUGCUUAUUUAGUCCAUUUUUUAUUUAUUUUUUAUUUUUUUAUUUGCAGCUUGUGAAACGCAAUAGUUUUAUGGUAACUAAAUAACAAAAUCACUAGUUUCGUAAAAACCUUUAGUAUUAAUAUUUUUAUGUAAGUAUUCAUCUCGAUACAACAUCAGUAUCGGAAAUAUCGAUACAUUACGAUUUAUCCGCCAGACUGCAGUUCUCGCUGCUACAGGCAGGUGGCGCCAAAGUACAGAAACCAGCAGCAGGAUGUGGACAGAUUUAAACAAGGAUGAAAAAGACACAAACAGAGAGGUGAAAUAUAAUCAGGUGUGUGAAUAUGGCGCUAAGAGCAGCUCUGCUCAAGAGUAUCUGGUAUGCCUUCACAUCACUGGACACUGAAGACAGCGGGAAAGUGUCCAAAUCACAGCUCAAGGUUCUUUCUCAUAAUCUUCACAGUGUUUUGAGGAUUCCUCAUGACCCCGAGGCUCUCGAGAGACACUUCAGUGAUGAUGAUGAUGGUCCAGUGUCCAGUCAGGGGUAUAUGCCAUACCUCAACCAGUUCAUACUGGACAAGGUGGUGGAGGGGACAUUUGUUAAAGAGGAAGUGGAUGAGCUGUGCUGGACUUUGUGCUCCAAGAAAAACUACCGUUCCGACACACUCAGAGUUCUGACCAAUCGGGACGCCCUACGGCUCUGGUGUCUCUUCAACUUCUUGGCAGAGGACAAAUAUCCUCUCGUGCUCGUGCCGGAUGAGGCGGAGUAUUUAUUGAGGAAGAUCAGCGCUGUGACGACGGUGGAGUUGAACUGCAUUGAGAUGGAGGAGUUUCUGUUGCGGGACUGCGUUCAGAAGGACGGACUGAACGUCUGGAGUUUUCUGGAGCUGGUGAACUCGGCCGCAGUGAGUCGAGGAGCGGACAGAGAGAGCAUCAGUAUGGCUGUAGAACAGGUCUAUCGAGAGAUGGUCGGAAAUGUCCUGAAAGAGGGAUAUCUGUGGAAGAAAGGUCAUUUACGCAGGAACUGGACUGAGCGCUGGUUCUGUCUGAAGCCCGGUUCUCUCUCGUACUACGUGAAUGAGGAUGGGAAAGAGUGUAAAGGUGUCAUUGAAAUGGACCAGAACUGCUGUGUGGAGGUGCUGUCGGACAGAGACGGGAAGAGAUGCAUGUUCUGUGUGAAGACGCUCAACAAAACAUUUGAGAUCAGCGCACUGGACUCCAGACAGAGACAAGAGUGGAUUACAGCACUCCACACAGCUCUGCGUCUGUCUAUGGAGGGGAGGAGCUCUUUGCACGAGGAGCUGAAGGAGCGUCGCCGUGAGCUGCGUGAGGAGAGAGAUAGGAGGCGUGUGCUGUGGGCGGAGGAGACGCGCAGACUGCAGGAGCUUCAGGGAGAGCGCGAGGAGCAGCUGGCAGAGCUGGAACUCCUGAAGGAGGCACAGAAACAAGCUCGGGCCUCUCUAAAGCAGGAGGAGCAGAGGAGGCGCAGUCAGUAUGAGGAGCUGCAGAAAACCCUGCAAAGACAGCUGGAGGAGGCGCAGGAGGCGCGGGCGGAUCUUUGUGCAGAGGUGGCGGUUCGUGAUCUAGAGGCUGAACAUCAGCGUAGGAGAAUUAAAGAGCUGGAAGAUCUUCAUCACAGACUGCAGGAAGCUCUAGAGCAACAGAUCAGAGCUCGACAAGAGGAGGAGACGUACAGAUACACACAGACCAGGCUGCUGGCUGAGGAGGAGGAGAAGGUGAAGUCACUGCUGGCACUGCAGGAGGAGCAGGAGGAGCAGCUCCUUCAAACGCAGCGGGAGAAACAGGAGCUCAAGCUGGAGAUAGAGAGGAAGUCUCAUGUUCUCGACGAGGCCCAGCGCCAACUCGAUAAAGUUCGGGCCAGUCGACGCAGAGUAGACCAGGACAUUGUGGCUGUUCAGCGUAAACUCCGACAGGCCAGCACAAGUGUGAAACACUGGAACAUUCAAAUGAAUCGACUCCUUCACCCCAUCGGCCCUGGAGAUAGGAGACUUUCCUCCAGUGAUCCUCUCGUCCCUGUGGUCUGUGUUCCCUCCGUCAGUGAGACUGAACCAAGAACUCCACAGCGACCUGAGAGAGAGACAGACAAACAGAACAGACUCGACUGUGACGAAAACAGCAACAGAGAGAACAUGGACUGCAGCAACAACAAUGAGAAGACAGAACCACCUGUUGCUGAUGCUGAGUAAACCUGACACAGACCAAAAUGAACCUGACAUAGAAAUUAAUAGACCUGCAAGGGAUGUGAAUCGUAAGGAAUUAAACGAUUCUGAUUCCUCUGAAUGGUUCCUGUUCCUUAGCGAUUCUAUUAACAAUUCUGUUAGUACUUCUGAAAAUAUGAAAUACAAUUCAUAUUGUUUUUAAUGCAAAAUGAUGAGAGCAUUUAAUCAGAAUAGAUAAAUUUUAAUAGUUCUUUUUAUUAUUUAUUUAUCCCCUUUUAUCCCAAUUUGGAAUGCCCAAUUCCCACUACUUAGUAGGUCCUCGUGGCGGUGCGGUUACUCACCUCAAUCCGGGUGGUGGAGGACAAGUCUCAGUUGCCUCCGCUUCUGAGACCGUCAAUCUGUGCAUCUUAUCACGUGACUCAUUGUGCAUGACACCGCGGAGACUCACAGCAUGUGGAGACUCAUGCUACUCUCCACGAUCCACACACAACUUACCACACGCCCCAUUGAGAGCGAGAACCACUAAUCACGACCACGAGGAGGUUACCCCAUGUGACUCUACCCUCCCUAGCAACUGGGCCAAUUUGGUUGCUUAGGAGACCUGACUGGAGUCACUCAACACACCCUGGAUUCAAACUCACGACUCCAGGGGUGAUAGUCAGCGGCAAUACUCGCUGAGAUACCCAGACCCUUUUAAUACAGUUCUUGCAAAAGGUGUGUAUACACAGACAUUUAACAGACUUUUUAGAGGUGAUCCAAUAACUGGUGCUAACUGUUUACUAAAUAAAAAUGUUAAUCAAACAAAAA